AUGGAACGGCACGAAGAAGACAUUUUACGCUUAAAUCUAAGGAUCAAAGAACUGAUUUCCCGGAACAACAGCCUGGAAACUCGAAACGAAGAACUUGAAAUCGAGAACCGGGCUCUGUUGUCGGAGAAUGCCCACCUGAGGAAAACAAAUACCGGCGUGCAGCAGUUUAACAUCAAGUACCAGACGGAACUUGAGAAGGUGAUCACCCAACGGGAACAGCUGUAUGAGGCGAACCAAAAACACAAAGAACGCUACCAACUACUGCUGGCUAGGUUUACCGAGCAGAGUGAGAAAAGCAAAAUGCUGGAACACAGCCUGCGGGCAGCAGCAUCCACAAGGAGGAUCAAUCACGUGCCGGUGGAGAUUAUUGGUAAGGUGUCCGAUAUCGGGAAAAAUAAAGAAAUUGAAAAACGAUGUCGUGAAUUGCAGAGCAGGUGCGACGAGUUGCAAACAGACCUGAGCGGUGCCUAUGCCAUCAUCGAUGAUCUGGAAUUCGAAUUGGAAAGUAUUGAUUAUUUGGAAGACGAAAACGAACGGCUGCAGCAGGAAGUCAAGCGAUUGAGGACGAAAUUGCGGGAUCAAACAUCGCUACCGGCUGGUGAAGCCGCAGCAGCAGCAGCAGUGGCAGUGGAAACAGUAACAGUGCCUGCUGACCAGUACGUAUCUCAGCAGAGCGUGUGA